GUUGUUCGAAAGUGUGACCUUGUGCGUAACCGUCCAACAUUUGCAUGAAUGGAAUGGAAGGUCCGUAGCCAUUUUGGCUCAAGGGUAUCGAGGGCACUAGGCGCCUGGGGCCGCGGGGCCGGCCCUGCCGCGAUGCUGGGCGCCGGUGUGCUCGGGAGUGGGCGCGAGAGGGAGGAGGUGGUGUUCGAGUUCAACCCGCCGCAGAGCCCGGUCGCGCAGGCCUCUGGGGCAGGCGGCCGGGCCGCGGCGGGGCCGGGGGCGGCGGCCAAGAGCGAGGACGUGGACAGCUCCGCCACGCCCGCCAGAGAGGCCUUCGACGCCUUUGCCCGGCGGGAGGCCGGUGCGGUGGAGGCCGCCGCGGAGAGCGGGGCCCGAGGGGGCAGGCCCCGCCGCAGGGACUACGAGGCCUUCGGGUCCAAGCCAGCGGCGCAGAAGUUCGAGCCGCCAGAGCAGCGGCUCGUCCGCCUCCAGGCCGAGGUCGCGGAGCUCUUGCAGUUGGCCGAGGGCUCCGCCGCCUCGGGCAGCCCGGAGGAGGCGGCCGACCAGUUAGGCAUCGACCCUGCUGCGAUGAGUGCCGAGCUCAAGGUGCUGGAGCAGCGCCUGGGCGGCUUGGCGCGCGACGCACCAGCGUCUUGGCGUCAGGCUGAGGGCGACGGCGAGCAGGUCGUCGGCAUCAGCCCAAUGUCUGGGUCGCUCGUGAGCCAGCUGCAGAAGCUCGCUACGGGCAGUGCGCCUCCCGCGGCCUCCGGCGGCAGCGGGGACGGGCGCGUCACCUACGAGCUCAGCUAUGCCCCGAGUACCGCGGCAAUUGUGGAGAGCUCCAAGAUCGCGGCCCUGGAGAGCAGCAUUGCGGACAUCGAGAAGCAGCUCGGCGUGCUCGACCCGUCAUGCCCCUUCUCGGACCUGCAGAGCGCCGUGACCCUGCUGCAGAAGCGGGUGUCCCUGCUGGACAGCAAGAAGCUCGACAGCAUCAGAACGGGUGUCGACAAGGAAGAGCUGCAAGGUGGAAGUGGAGACCGAGAUCUAGACCGCAAGGUCUCCGAGCUGUACGAGUUUUGCCACCGGUGGAGUGCCACGGCCGACUCGCUGCCGACGAUAGUCGCCCGGCUGCGGUCCCUGCAGGCCAUCCACCAGCAGAGCGCCUCCUUCGCAGCGCGACUGGCUGCCCUGGAGAAGCAGCAGGACGAGCUUCAGAAGCUCCUCGAGACGACCAACACGGCCGUCAAGGAGCUCGGCCGUGGGUUGCAGGAGAACAUGACUAUCGUUAGAGAUAGUAUGACGAGCUUCGAGGACAAGAUGAAAAAGGCAUUGGGCUGAGUUUGGCGGCGGGCGGUGGUGACCUGGUGUCGCACAGUCCCGUUCUCCUUCGUGUAGUGCCGCGUGAGUUUGCUUGCGGUCUCUGUCAUUCUCGCUCUCGCUCGUCUCACUUUGAACCGACGUUCUCGUUCUCCUUCUCGCCCCCCGCCGCCCGUCCUCCCCAUGUCCCACCCCGCGGCGCGGGCCGCCUCAGCGAGUCUCGGGGGCCCCGCGGCCCCGCGCCUCCCGCGCGUGCUCUCCGCGCGCGGCGCCCGCGCGGCGCGCGCUGCGCGCGCGGCGCGCGCUGCGCGGGGCCCCUUCGGGGACCCGAGUCCUCGAAGCUGCCGUGGCGCGCACGCGGGGCGCUCGGGGCUGGCCGUGGCAGGGUGUUCGCUCA